CCCAUUUUGAGAUGUCUUCAGAUUUGUUCUCAUACUAUAGCAGUCGAUGUAAAGACUAACUGUCUGUUCUCCUAUUCCAGUAAAAUUGAGGUGUCCUUCUAUGACAACAAACUCAGGCUAAAUGGACAAAAACUCAUCAAGAAAAGUAAAACGGUUAAAGUUGGGGACACAUUGGACCUGAUACUGUCGGAGAACGGAGAAACAAACACUGUCACUCUGAUGAGAGUCUGCCUUCGGAGGGUUUUGGAAGAAAUGAGUCACACAGAAAAGUACAAAGUUGCCAUACGACGAUGGAAAUGUUUAGAGCUUCCCAAAGAGGAGGCCUUCAAGCCAUGAACUUGAACAGGACAGUGUGGACUUUAAUACCAUUUGCUAAUGAAGGCAACAACACCGGCAGAACUGAAUGCCAUCAAUUGACCGGCAAUCUCCAAAAAGUUGGAUCUCUAAUGGAUUACUAAAGUGUAAUGUUAAGGCUUGUAGCGGGUGUAGACAUGUCAACAGUUUUCUCAGAGAAAUUUAUUCAGUGUUUACCUUCCCCUUCUAUACUGUGAGUCCUCCAAUAAAGGUGCACUUU